AUGCCCAGCCCAACCAGUGAUACCCUCACAACCAUACAAAGAGUUCUCGACCCCUACAUCAGACCACGUGAAGAAGCAGCACAUAUUCGACGAAUGAUAGCAUUGCAUCUGGAGUCUAGUCUCCAGCAUGGAUCUGUUAGAGAACCCCUGGCUCUGGUUACUGAUCAGAAGCCUGGCCCAGCCUCCACCACCCAAGGCCUUUAUCGACAAUAUCUCGAGGCCUUGAGGGCAAACAUCAAAGCCCGUGACGAGUUCAGAAAGCAGACUCAUGAAACCAGUCAUGCAAGCGAGCCAGAAGAAGAUGACAGCUCAAAUGGAGGCCUAGAGCGUCUCCAGGAGCACCUGGCGAUUAUCAGUCUCGAAAAGAAGCGCGAGAGGCUCCAGGCAAUCGAAAAGCACCUCAUCCAGCUGAGUCAAAAGCCAGCAGCAUCGCCAGAUUUCAUGAACCCCAAGGAGGUAUUUCGAGACAGUCGACCUCUACCCAGCAUUCCAAGAGAGAUCGUCUCCGCCAUGACUCUCGAUAACACCUCCACCAACGCCCACCUCAAAGACCUAAACGACCAACUAGAGAAACACGUCUUCGAGGCAAAGCUAUUACUCCAAAAAGAAGAGAAAGCCCUAGAAAAGGUCAGGUCACAAUCCACAGCCCGCCCAGAAACCACCACCGACAGCGCCAAACUCGAAGCCCUCAACAAAACCAGGAUAGAACUCAUCAGCUGGAUCGAAAAUGAACUCUCUAAAGCAUCAGGCGACGACGCCGACCACCCCCCAGGCAGUCCAGACAACCGAUUCCGCGCCAGCAAAGCGUCCAUUAACGAGCCCCUUGACAUGGACGCCCAGCUGGCCAGUAUAAAGGAUAAAUACGACCAAUACCUCGAGGCUCGCAAAUCCCUCCUCAAUCUCGUCAGCCAACACCCUAAACCAGACAUCAAACCCACCAAACCAGAAGAUAUGAACUCACAUAACGAGUCUGCGCUGUCUUCUCAACCAACGUCCGCAGCACAACUCCUCACCCCCUACCUAGAGCAACUCCUCGCCCUCUCCCGCGAGCAAAAGGGUCUCAUUGCUCAGAAACACCAUCUGAACAAUACAAUCAGCAAACAAGUCAAGGAAAACACCACGGCUUUGGAUCAUCUAGCUCAAGAAAGCCAGUUGAUACCCGCACACCCUAUGCCGGGAGGCAAUAGGGUAAAGUCCAGUGAUCAUACCCUUUCCACCAGCAAUGACGACUACACCCAAGUUUCUGGCCGUGUCAAACAAUGGGUGUAUGCAGCUGAGCAAGCCAAGAUUGCCACGUUUGAGACAGUAGCGGAGAAGAUUGAGGAAGGGCAGGUGGCGCUGGAGGGGUCGUUACAGACGUUGGCGGAGGUGGAUCUCUUGCUGGGACGGAAGGCCGGAGAGGGAGCAAGCAUGAACGAAGGCGAGGAGGAUAUCUGGAUGGCGGAGGGGAGCUCGCCUGCGAGAAAACACACCCGUCGAGGAAGCAAGAUGGUUGAGCAACCAGCAGCAGCGGCCAAGACAGGAACGGUUUGGGAUAUGGUCAACGGGAAUCUGGGGCUGCUGAGGUAUGAUGAGUGA